AGCAGAUGUGGAUAUGCAAUAGGAGUUGCCUUGGAGAAUGAUCGCUUGCUAUCCACCGCCUGCUCGAGAUCAACUACUGAUGCUCACUAUCAAUUCAGUAUUGUCACUCAGUACCAAUACCAAUACCAAUACCGGUACCAUACCAGUAUUAGUACCUGCGUUGCAUGCUUCACCGGCUUUCAGGCCGUACCCGUAGCCGUGGCAGAAUCAUUGUCCGUCCUCACAUGCCCAGCGGUUGCGACGCUCAAAAUAUCCUGUACCAAGCCCUCACCCUCGACCAGUACCACUUGGAUACCGGCUGCUUCCAGUCUCCCACGCCCCGUGUUCUCUCGCACAAAUGUAUCUGGUUCCAGCACGCCAACAUACACUGUCUUGAUGCCCUUUCCAUCUUCUCUUCCCUUUCCCAAACCCAGGAUCCGCUCCACGCAGGGAACAUUUCCCACGGAUCGCUGCGAGCAUGGCUCCAUGGUCGUGUACAGCACCGCCUUCUCUGGCAACACCGCACCCACCUCCUCCUCGGACACGUUGUGUUCUCUCGCCAGCUUGAUGAAGCAGGACUGCUCGGCAUGCGUAUUCCCUUCGCAUUCGAGUGUGUAGCCCGUGGCCAGGACCGUAUUGAUGGUGGCAUCGACGACCAGCGCGCCCACUCGAUAGUUGGUGGGUUUGGGUGUAGACUUCUGGGCCAGUUCCAGCGCUUGUCGCAUAUACUCGACGGGUGAGGGUGAGGGUGAUGUGAUGGUAGGCAUUGGCCUUAAGGGAGUAUGGUGAGCCUUCAUGUUGAAGCGGUGGUGGUAAGAGGUGAUGGUCUGGUCGAGAUUCGCUGGUGCAGGUGAAUGCUCGGUUCUCGACCUGACGAGCCCCUUCACCCCUCAGCCCCCUACGUCACCAGCUCUACCCCUGAUGACUCCUGUGAUACGAGCGAGGCCAUGCCGCCACGCGCCUUUACGGCAAUCCAGCUCAACAUGCCAUAAACAACAUCGCCAUGUCUGCCACCACCACCACCCCCAACACUUCUCUGCGCCUUGUACUCUUUUUGGAUUUGGUUACCCCUCCCAUAUUCUUGCCUACCCCUAAAUUUUACCCCCGCUACUGUACUCCACUGAGUCCACUCGGGUCGGCUAGACGCUUCAUCCCUUUCGUCAGCGAUCACCGCCUCUCCUCAACCCCUCGAUCCCCGGCACCAACGGGAUACGGAUCGGCCUAGACGCUCCAGCACUUCGCAGAACUUCUUGGGCGCAUGGCCAUUGUGUGGCCAUGUCUGAAAUCGUUCUGCCAAAGAUCCAGGUAAUCGAUACGCAUAAUGCAGAUGGUUCUACCCCGGACAACUCGCACCCGGCAAUCGAUUCUCCUUCGAACACUACCGAUGGCGGGCAGUCAGGAAGGCCGAAAUCUUCCACAUCCUCUGAAGGUAUAUAUUCCCAAGUCUACGCGCCGGCAUAUACCUUGAUCUCAACGUAUCAUUGCGUUGAGUGCUAUCGCCGGCUUCGGGUCUCGUAUCUCGUACAAAAUUCAAGUUGACUGACUUCUUCCUCAUAGGCAACUUACAAAUAAAUAAAACGAAAUCGCCCAUCAAGUUAAUGCGAAAUGUUUCCGGCAAGGAUGCCACUGCUGCGAAGAUUACUCCCUCGACAGCAACUCGAACUGCCACGGCUAUCGAUCCUCUCUCACAUGUGCGUCCCCAUUCUAACAUCCACGCACCACGAACGUUCAGUCCGCUGAUAUCAGUGACAUAGUAUAUACUAAAGCGAACCAACACCGGUAAUACUUUACCUCUGAAGCUGCGAACAAAUAGCGGAGGCCUGGACAACGGCAAUAACGAUGUCAAAGGUCCUGCAAGUCCGGAACUUGGACCUCCAGGGAGGCAAGGGACGCCGGAAAUGCUUCGCAGCGAUAGCAAUCUAGCGAAGGAGAAGAAGUGAGUCGUUCCAAGCUCGAAAGUUUGCGUGCCGAAAUAUGUAGAGUCGGAAAGCAUCUCAUUUACACCUAUCGUCAUAACACAAGCUGUUGUUACUGACAAUGUGACGGCAAUAGGAAAGGCGGCUCGUUUCUCAGUCGUUUCAGCAUCAUCGGUGGCAAGAAGAAGGACUCGAUUGCCGACAAUGAUGAUGAUGAAUCUGAGCAAGGAGACCAACGACCAGAAGGCAUGAAUGCCCACGUCUUCUCCUCUUCCAUCGGCGCAAAUGGAUAUAUACCACAGCACAAAGAACCACCGAGAUACAUCAAAGUCCGAGCAAGCAAUAAACGGGUCAGAGAGUUCAAUCGCAUGUUUCUUGCUCAAGAGUUGGGUGGGCUAGCCGAGAAAGAUUCCGCUUCCAGUACGACAGGCGCGUCCAUUUCUUCCAAGACAGCGGUAACAUCCAAGGCAAGCGGAUCAAUAUGGGCUACGGAAUUUAGUAAGGAUGGGAAAUAUUUGGCUGCAGCCGGUCGCGAUCAGGUGGUGAGAAUUUGGGCUGUGAUUUCUACUGCCGAGGAAAGACAAGCGCACGAACAUGAAGAAGAUGUCUCCUCUAGGACUUUGGGGGGGGAACGCCUCAGCGCCCCGGUGUUCAGGUCAAAACCGACACGGGAAUUCAAAGGCCACUCGGGAGAAAUUUUAGAUUUGAGUUGGAGCAAAAACAACUUUUUAUUAUCAUCCUCAAUGGACAAGGAAGUGCGUUUAUGGCACAUCAGUAGGCAAGAAUGUCUCUGCACCUUCAAACACAAAGACUUUGUCACUUCGAUUGCAUUCCACCCCACCGACGAUAGAUUCUUUUUAGCUGGAUCCCUUGAUUGCGUUUUGAGGUUGUGGUCUAUCCCUGACAAGAGUGUUGCCUUUUGGAACCAAUUGCCGGACCUGAUCACGGCGGUAGCAUUUUCCCCAGAUGGGAAAACCGCGAUGGCAGGUGUACUUAGUGGACUUUGUUUAUUUUACGAGACGGAGGGUUUAAAAUAUCAAGCUCAAAUACACGUUCGAUCCUCCAGGGGAAAGAAUGCCAAAGGUAGCAAAAUAACAGGAAUUCGGACCAUAACAUACCCACCCGAAGACCCAGAAGGCGACGUCAAAGUUUUGAUCACUAGUAAUGAUUCGCGAGUUCGUAUGUACAAUCUCCGAGACAAGAGUUUGGAGAUGAAAUUUCGGGGUCAUGAGAAUACAUGCAGUCAGAUCAAUGCCAGCUUUAGCGAAGAUGCUCAGUAUGUAAUUUGUGGAAGCGAGGACCGGAAAGCGUAUAUCUGGAACACUGGCCCGAUUGAGUCGGAAAACAAGGACAAACGUCCUUUGGAGAUAUUCGCGGCUCAUCCCGAUAUGGUGACUGCGGCUGUCAUGGCUCCCAUCAAAUCAAGACAACUACUAAGUGCAUCUGGCGAUCCAAUAUACGAUCUUUGCAAUCCGCCGCCGGUGACCCUGCUCAGUAGAGAAGAGUCUAAUGCAUCGACAAUGCCACCAGCCGACGCCGAAAAACGCCAUUCAGAUCCUGUGAGCGAAUCGCAAUUCAAAAAACCAGAGGAGUCGCCUGCUUACAUUGCACGAUGUACGCAUCCUGAUGGUAACAUCAUCAUCACUGCGGACUAUCUUGGUGGCAUCAAAGUCUUCCGGCAAGAUUGGUAUGCAAUACUUCUCACCAUUUUUGUUUGCGCACACUAAUUAUGAGCAGUGCUUUCCACAAACGAAUGCAGAAUAAUUGGGAAACAGGUUCCAUAUUUUCCAAGAAAAUGUUAGGUCGAAGCAACUCUAUAAUGACGAGGAACUCGGGCGGAUCUCAUUCAAGACGAACUUCGGUCUCGCAAGGGUCACUCGGCGGGUCGUAUAGCGAUCAUAUACUAUCCUGGCGUAAUCAUGUACUGGACUUAGAUACUAGUAGUCUAAGAAAUGGCAGUUUCAAGACGUACAGGAGUGACGAUCGAAGCGCAUCUCCCGGCAAGGUCAACAGACACUCAUACCAGUCUUUUUCAACAACCAAUUCUCAAAACAAUAUGGCGAGCGCAGCCCGUCAACAGCCAUAUAUGGGGACACCACUUUACACCACCUCGAGUGUGUCCACAAUUAGUCCUCCUCCUAGUGUUCAUCGAGCAUCGACCUUCGCCGCCAGUCAACCCCCAGCACCCAGUUUCACUUUCCAGAGCGCCAUUGAUGAGAAUCCAAUGCGUAUCGAUUCCUCCGGCAAGAGUUAUCAAUUUUGGAAUCCAAGUUCAUGGAGGAACGAUGCCAGAACUUCUGUUCAGGGAGCCUACGACUCGAGCAAGCUGGAUGUUGACACUGCUGGGUCGCGGGGUAAGGAAAGGCAAGGUAGUAUAGUCAGUAAAUUGAGCAGUGAUGGAACAUCCGGUCGCGGUGAAGAGAGUGAUGGCGAAGCUAUGUCUUGCAAGAAGUGUCAAAGGUAUGUCUUUCCGCUUUCUUUAUUACAACCUCAAGUUUUCAACCGCAGUAUCCGAACUGACAUUUUUUCUACAGCAAGGAUUUCCGAGCCAAGAAGGUCAUUGGCCGAGGGCAGCGUCUCGUUUGUACGAGGUGUGGCACCUCGGCAGAGUAGGCUUCAUUCUUAUCUCGGACAUUGGAUCCUUAUAUUCUUGUAUAUUCCAUAUUCCAUUCGAACGGCCACUUCUUGGUCUAGACGAGGAGCUCUUCCUCCCCUUUGGAUUAAGCACUGUUCUACAUGGUAAUGCUUAGGUACAUAUGAAGUUGUAUAUGAAAAAUUAUUCAAACAGGUUGUUAGAUGGAAUGCCCAUGUUCGCAUGUACAGCAUGUUUCGAUGUUUUUGGUGUCUUUGGUGUGUACAUACCUUGAUACGGCGCUACUGAUAUACAGUCUGGCGUUGUAUUUUCGUGUCGUGCUCCACGGUGUAAUUAUUUGGUGUAAAUAAGUACCGCGUUAUAUUAUAAUUUUAUUAUACGGACAUGUAAUGAUAAUUAUUU